GGCUAAAACCCUCCCCCUCUCUCCGCCUCUCUCGCUGUCGCUACGUCUUCGUCGCUUUGGGAAUUAGGGUUAGGGUUUUGGGUGUCGGGGAUUUUGUGAGCGGCGAAGAUGGUGGCGGACAAGGGGAAGAAGUCGAAGGUGGAGGAGGAGGCCUCCGAUCCCAUCGACGGCGAGCUCGUGCUCUCCAUUGAGAAGCUCCAGGAGAUCCAAGAUGAGAUCGAGAAGGUGAAUGAGGAGGCAAGUGACAAGGUCUUGGAGGUGGAACAGAAAUAUAAUGAGAUUCGCAGACCUAUCUACAAGAGGCGGAAUGAGAUUAUUCAAUCUAUUCCAGAUUUCUGGCUAACUGCAUUUCUGAGCCAUCCAGUUCUUGGUGAUCUUCUAAGUGAGGAAGACCAAAAGAUCUUCAAGUACUUAGUGUCCUUAGAUGUGGAAGACUCUAAAGAUGUGAAGUCGGGCUACUCCGUUACCUUUAAUUUCUCCCCAAACCCAUAUUUUGAGGAUGCAAGCUUGACAAAGACAUAUUCCUUUUAUGAUGAAGGAACAACUAACAUAACUGGCACAACAAUAAAGUGGAAAGAGGGAAUGAAUGUUGCCAAUGGUGUUGCCCAUGAAAAGGAAGGGGGUAAGAGACCCUUAGCCGAAGAAAGCAGCUUUUUUUCCUGGUUCAGUGAAACUCAACAGAAAAAUCUCACAGAAGGGUUUUCUGAUGAGGUGGCUGAAAUAAUAAAAGAAGAUCUGUGGCCCAAUCCUCUGAAAUACUUCAACAAUGAAGCCGAUGAGGAAGAUUUUGAUGGUGAUGAAGAUGAUGACGAGAAAGGGACCGACUUCGACGACGAGGAUGAAUCAGGGGGAGACGAAGAAGGCGACGGAGAUGACAACUAAAUUAGUAAUAGCAAGGGCUCGCAGAAUUGCAGCAGGACCAGAAUAUAUUGUGCAUGGACAUCCUUUUUUGGGCAUGGUUUGUCUAAGGAGCUCUUCCAUUAUCUAUAUGCUCAAAACUUUGAAACCUCGACGACGUCCGGAGUGGCCUUCUUUCUUCUUUUUUGGUUCUUGUGUAGAGCAUUUUGGUCAUCUCCUGGGCAUUAAUUAUGUGUUACUCCUUUGUCCUUGUUAUCGUAAUCAUAAUCAACUUCAUGACC